GCAGCCGCCGCCGCAGAGGAUCCUCCUCUCAAUCCCCUCUGGUUGAACCGGUUCCUCGAGAAGGGUGGGCCCGGAUCUGCCAGUCUACUGAAGAGCUGUUCCACCUGUCCUACUCCCCUCCCGGCCUUCCCCUCCCAAGCGCCUCUAAACAGCAGCAGCCGGCCGGUAGACCUUGCUGCUCCUGCUGUCCUGCAGCUCGGGGGUGCACAGCGGCAACCAUUUUGGGCAGGGUGGUGGGAGGAGCCCGAGCUCCUCUAGCUCUUGCAGGCUUGCAGCCGUACAAGCGCAGCAGAGUCGUAACAGAAAUGGAUGCAGAUGGUAGCUCCAAGAGAAGCCACCGAGUUCGUCGCGCUGUGAAGAAACUCAAGUUCAAACCGAAAGUGCCACCGCAGAAGCCAAAGAAAUUGACCACGGAAACGCCACAACAGGAAGAACCAAAACCAAUCGAUGAACAGUUGAUGAAGAUACUGAGGACUCGUCAGGUGCCUGCAAACAGUGCGCCAAAUACAAAAGACAAGCGCUUGACACAGAAACCCCCCUCGACGCCACCUUCUGCAGAUGUUGUCAGCUUGUUGCCAGCUCAAUCAGCAGUGCACAAGCAAAAUCAAUCAAAGCCACUCCAAGUCCCCAGAUCCUUUCCUGUUACUGUUAAUUCAGGAAAGUUUGACAACGAAGAGAGCGAUUACGAUGAUGAUGACAACGAUAAUGAAGAUGUUGAGUUUCAGGAGACUCAGCCAAGUUCAAUUGAAUGCGAAGCUUCAACACGUCCAGCAGAGGAGCUUCGUUUGCUUCAAGAACACGAUAGCAAAGAAAGGAUGUUCCUCUUCCAGCUCCCAAAAUCUCUUCCUUUGCCCAGGUCCUCCAAUAUAGUUGAAAGGAAAGGAAGGGCCACUGGCAAGGAGGUGAAGGAAGGAUCCAACCUUCAGCAGCUGCCUCAGGGUUAUUUGGGCAAAAUGCUGGUGUACAAAAGUGGCAAGGUCAAAAUGAAGUUAGGAGAUGUCAUGUUUGAUGUGAAUCCAGGAGCAGAGAGUAGGAUGACACAACAUGUAGUGGCUCUGAACACUCAAGAGAAACAUUGUUGCUUACUUGGGGAGAUUGAGAAUCGGCAUGUCAUUGUGACUCCGGAUGUUGAUUCUUUGUUGAAUGACAAGUAGAGGUUAGGUUGUGAUAUGUAGCAACAUCGUUAUAUAUGAGUUGUAGGAUUGUAGUUGUGCAAGGUUAGGUUAUGAUCUGUAGCAAUUGUAUCAACCUUGUCAAGUGGUGUGUAGGCUUUCAGUUGUGCAUGAUUGUGUGCAGUUUACUGUGAUUGUACUAGAUUAGCCCUAGAACUGCUUCUCGCAUUUGAACGUUUGUAAUAAGUUAACUUUGUAGAAUAGUAAGUGAUAAAAAUCAGAUCAUCUUCUCUCAUGUUA